AUGGUCAUGUUCUGCACAACCCUCAUACUAACACUUUGUACCACGGGAUUGAUAAAAGGUGCUUUCACCAGUUAUGUCUCGAUCGUAUCGCAAGGCGUCCACGAUGUCGCUUCAAAUGACUCCUUUUCCAAGUUGACCCUCUCGGAGACCACCUCGGUUCGAUACCGAAAGCCCGGUUUGAUAUGUGAGACCACCGCAGGUGUCCAAGAGUUUGUUGGUUUUGUUGAUCUGAACGACAAUUCCGGCAACAAUGCGACUGCGAGCUACUUCUUCUGGUUUUCCGAGGCUAGACACAGCGCUUUCACGGCACCUCUCACCAUUUGGCUGAACGGCGGACCGGGCUCAGAUUCCCUCCUGGGUCUCUUUGGUGGUAUGGCCCUGACUGGUGUUCCGAAGAUCGGGCCUUGCAAGGUAACGGAAGAACUGAAUACGACGUUCAACCCGCACUCGUGGUCUGAGGUAUCCAACGUUCUGUUUUUGUCCCAGCCAGUUGGUGUGGGAUUCUCAUAUCAGUCGCAGAAUGGCAGACGCAGCUCCGGAUGGGUCACAGAAACGACAGAAAAAGCCGCAGUCCAGGCCUGGGAUGUACUACAAGCGUUCAUGCAUGCGCUACCUACAAUGGAUCCGGUCAUCACGACAAAGACGGUCCAUCUCUGGACGGAGAGCUAUGGUGGCCAUUAUGGACCUAGUUUCUUUCGGUACUUCCACGGUAUGAACGAAGCAAUAAAAUCUGGAUCGAUGACUGGCAUUCCUCUCAACCUUGGAGUUUUGGGCAUUAGCAGCGGCAUUAUUGACGCCCUUGCUCAAUUUCCCAAGUUCCCAGAGUUUGCAGUAAAUAACACUUACAACAUCUCACUUGUUCCUGGUGAAGUCUCACGCUUCAUGGACUUUGCCUGCCACAUGCCCAAUGGAUGUAUCAAUCAGAUACAGCAAUGUCGCGAGGAGUACCAACGUGACAAACAAAAAGCCUUGCGGACUCCCAUUACAGCGGAUGGCGCCAUACGGUACAACAAGAUGAGUGCAUUCUUUACUAACCGAACAAGCCCCAGGACCAUUGCUCGCUGUGCUGAAGCAACAUAUAUGUGCCGGGACAAUGUAGAGGGCCCGUACUAUUUUUACGGAAGCCGAAACAUGUACGAUAUUCGCCGGCCGGCACAGGACCCGAUUGUCUCUCAGUCGUUUGUGGACUUUGUCAACCUCCAGACGACCAGGGCAGCCUUGGGUGUAGACAGCAUACCGGAGCUCGCGGCGGCCGCGCCAGCCUCGUUUGCCUAUGCCCCGCAAAGCGAGACGGUGUACAACGCAUUUGCACGCGCGGGAGAUUACGUCUUCCCCAGUUUCUUGGACGACCUCGACUAUCUGCUUGAGAACGGCAUUCGCGUGCUCUUGGUGCAUGGCGAUGCUGACUACAUUGGCAAUUGGUUUGGCGGCGAGGCGGUCUCCCUGGCCCUCACGUAUACACAGUCGUUUCUUUUCCAGGCUACGCCGUACACGCCGCUUAGUUUUGACGACCCUGACAGCCCCGAUUAUGGAAGUGGAAACAGAAAGGGGACGGUCCAGGGCAAGGUGCGGGAGUAUGGAAACUUGAGUUUUGCCGUCGUAUACGACGCUGGCCACUUUCUGCCGGUGGACAAACCUGCCCUUGCCCUCGAACUGUUUCGACGCGCCGUGACCAACAUGGAUCUGCCGACGGGACGCGAUCCGACGAAUACUACGGCUGUUCCUUUUGUACCAGACUCGCCGCUGCCAGUAGUGGACGCCAAAACGACACUGCCGUCAUCACCGCACAUGUAA